AACCUAUAGAUCUAGACUUUUACAUUAGUUGCAUUAAUUCAAGUAUUGACAGAAUUGUUUCUCACCUUCUGUUUCUUAGUUUGUUGUGUAAACAAGAACAUUUUUUACUUUUUUAUUGAGACCAUGCAAUGACAAGUUAUAGUAAUCGAUUGUUGUAAUCUAUUAGUUGUACUAAACCAAUUAAUCUACUUGUAGUCCUCUUCAAAAAGAAUACAAUAAGAUAAACUUUAAAUGCAAUUCGAAAUUAACUGGGUUUGUUAACAGAAUGAAUACCAGAGAGCAAAAAUUGUUAGCUGAAUAUUUACAUUGUUGAAAAGCAAGAAAUCAUUAAAUGAAAUAAAUGUAUAUUUACCAAAACGUCAACAGAGUGUUCAUUUCAAAAGUUACUUUUAUCAAAGGAAAACAUUUUAUUUAUAAAUAUGUAGUAAGAUAACAAAUAACGGAUAAAACUUAUACAAGCUAACAAACAUGCUGAGUUUAUUGACAUUUUAUGCAUUAACCGAUAAACCGUUUAUGUCAGCGGCAACUAAAAAAAAAACUAUAAAUACGGUACGCACUUUGCAAAACAAUCAGUUUGCCAGGGAAAAUGAAGCAGCAAAUACUCGUCUGGUUGGGCUACGUUCUUCUACUUGGAGCUUCAGCUGAAGCCUUGGCGAAGGAAAAUACAAUUUUCUCCGCCAACAAGAGAUUGAUGGACCAAACGCUACAAGUUAUGAGCCACCGCAGGGAUCCUUGUGAGAAUUUUGUAGAUUAUGCCAAAGGCAAUUACGGACCAAGUAUGGAUUCGUACUAUCACUUUGACCUUCACAUGAAUUUAAAGUUCCUGCUGUUAUUCGAGCAACUAAAAUAUAUGACUUUCGAAACGGGAAGUCUGGAGGAGAAGGUUCUCCAAUUCUACAAGACCUGCGAAAUGGCUAAAGAGAACGAGCUUGAGGAUUUGAACUAUUUGGACAUUGUGCAGCCGUCUGACAGUUUUUCCUGGCCACAUCAAACACCAUCGGGAACUGAGUGGCCCAAGGAGAAGUUUCAAUGGCUGGAAACGCUCGCCCGAUUGAGGCGCUAUGGUAUGAAUGCGUUUAUUGAAAUGAAUCUUGAAUUAGAUCACCAUGGUGAAACUGGGACCAGCGUGUACAUGAUAUUGAUUGGAAGACAUUAUUUUGAAGUAACGCCAUAUUAUGAUGCUGUAAAAAGUGCUGAAACUCGUUUGAUUCGUCAGGGAUUCAACAAGAGUCGGACUGAAUUUUUUAUGAGAGGUAUGCAACAGCUGCAUAAAGACCUAUUAAAGUUGCCCGCUCUUGACAAACACGAAAGAAGGCGUAUGACUCUGCAAGAGCUAGAAAGUGACCAUGGAGUUAAGCUCGGAAAAUAUCUCGAGAUCGCUUUUGGUCGUCCAUUUCCACCAGAAUUCGUAGUGUUGGUGGAUUAUCUGGACUUUCUGAUAAAACUAAACCAAAUUAUGACCUCCUUCGACCAAGAAACGGUAGCAAUCUAUAUGAUGAAUCUCUUUGCCGAUCAUACCACAUCGUCGAGAUAUGUGAAGACCUAUCGAGAGCAUGAUUUCUUGUGCGUCAAUAUUGUACAAUACCUAAUGAAAUCGGCCAGCUAUCUGCUUUAUGAAGAGCAUGUCCUGGGACCCAAGAAAGUCAAGGAGUACGAAACGGAAGUUCAAAGGGUUUUUAAAGCGAUUCGGAAGCAGUUUAGACUGAGGCUAGACACCAACCGCUUGAAUCUAACGGCAUCGAAUAUAUCAUUACUUCAGAACAUAUUGAGUUCCCUGACCGUUAGUGUUGGCAAUGUACGUAGGAAGCAGGAUCGUGGCUACUUAACCGAUCUCUACGCCGAUUUAAAUCCGGAUGAUGAUUUUGCAACCAUGCAUUUAAAGGCCUUGAAGGCGCAUAUGCAAAUUGGGUGGCAGAAACUGGACAACAUAGAGUUAACCGAGCCGAGUGGAACCGCCAUCGAUGUUCCCUUUGGCAAUUUGGAGGAGCCCUUUUUUGCAAUCCGUGGUCACGACGUAUUUAAGGUCAGCCUUCUUGGAUUUCAACUUGCGGAACAGGUGCUGUCGGCUCUAUUUCCGUAUCCAAAACUUCCCUUUACCGGUUGUCACAAGUACAAUGAAUUGAUUGAAACACUCGAUGAUCUUGGAAAUUAUGAUGACCGUUCUCCCUGCAUUAGUCCGCGCGAAACCGAAAUGUGGAACCACAAGGAAAUCCUCCUGGUGAUUUUGAAUUUGGUGCAGGAUGCAUAUUUUUCAGCCGGAUCGGAAUUUGAUCAGACUCAACCCAGCUUCAGCGAUAAGACGCUGAAAGAGCUCUUCUACUUACAUUUCGCCCAGAAUAAACUCGAUAAGUACUUUCACCAGAGCGAAGAGGUCGGUAAGCCUCCGCGUAAUUUGUUGCUCAACAUUCCCAGUUUUGUAGAGGCCUUCAGCUGCAACGUACCUCGCAAAGUGUAAUUAACCGCUUCAAUUAACCUAAUAAAGUACGAAAGUUAUUUUUUUUAAA